CCUGAAGGUGGACCUGAAACUCCAACACCUUGACUUCUGGGCCAGCCUCCAUGGCCAGGUCCCAGGGUUGCUGGACUGGGACAUGGGGAACGAGUGUUUUCUGGCCUUCACGACAACGCACCUGCCCUUAACUCAGCAGAACCUUGCCAGAUAUAGACUCCGUAUAGUUGAGCCACCAAAACUUCCUAUGGAAAAAAAGCCCAACCCCGGUAAAGAUGGUCCAGAUUUUGAACCCAACCUGUGGAUGUGGGUAAACCCCAACAUCGUGUUUCCUCCUGGAGAGCUGGAGGUCCCAGAACCUAGUAAGUGGGAGGAUCUGACAAGCAUACUCCCCUCUCCUCAGCUGCCCCCAAAAGAGGAAGACUUUGCCACCUGCUCAGAGGCCGCAGCAGUGGAGUUGCUGCUGCCUUCCUCCAGCGAGCAGUCUCCUCCUCGGAAGCGGUUUGCCUCUUCUCCCAGCAACUGGGAGCUCACAGAAGAGGAGGCUGAGGAUCAGAAUGGCAGCUCCUCUGUGGCUCUCCCGUCCCCUCACAAAACAACCCCCCUCCAGAAUGGGAGGCUUCAGCAAGCCAACAUCCAGGAGGGGAGGCUGUGGUCCCGGCCCCCUCUCAAUUACUUCCACCUGAUUGCACUGGCAUUAAGAAACAGCGCCCCCUGUGGCCUCAACGUGCAACAGAUCUACAGUUUCACGCGACAACAUUUUCCCUUUUUCCGGACGGCUCCAGAGGGUUGGAAGAAUACCAUUCGUCACAAUCUCUGUUUCCGAGACAGCUUUGAGAAAGUGCCGGUCAGCCUGCAGGGUGGGGCUAGCACAUGGCCUCGAUCUUGCCUCUGGAAGUUGACUGAGGAGGGUCACCGCCGCUUUGAGGAGGAGGUCCGAGCUUUGGCCUCCACACAGCUGGAAAAUAUCCAACAGUGCAUGAGCCAGCCAGAUGUGAUGCCCUUCCUCUUUGACCUUUAAGUUCAAGAAGUAAGAGUCAGCCCAUGCCUUAUUAAAGUUACC